AUGAUUCUUUUUACCCAAAGCGCGUUGAUCUUCAGCAGUUUUAUUUUCGCCAAUGUGGCCUUUGAGAAUCCCGCCGCUGUAUCAGGAUUGUCAGACACUGGAGACUUCCCGGCUUCUCAGAAUUUGCCUGGUGACAGUCAAUUCAUAAAUAAUUCUGGGGCUGUUGAUAAUGAUGGUGAAUACCAGGAAACUUUGUCAGUAGCCUUGAUUAUCGACAUGCUUGUGGGAAAUUUGGAUGCCCUUGGUUUGAGAUGGCUAGUCGAAGAAGAAUAUUUCUCCAAAUUGCGGCAGAAGGCAACAGACAGAGAGUUGCACAAUCCUAUAGGUGUCACUCACCGGGUAGUUCGGAACCGUCUCCAUAGAUCAAACUUGGGCUACCUUGCGAAGCAAAGAAACCCAAGGCUCCCAGCAUAUAAACGCAAUGCUGGUGAAAUUUUCGGAGGUGUCGAGGAGUAUCCCGAUAAAUACACGCUAGUGAGUGCCGUCAGCGGGAACAGCGAGUCCUUUCCGUCAACCAUGGAUUCUAGUGUCUUGUGCGAACAGAUGAAUAACUUACUAUAUGAACUUUACAACACUGUUGAAGACAAGUCAGUGGCCUCCAUGAAAUAUUUGGCUGAAUGUGCAUGGUUUACCCUUCUCGAAGAAACAGACACCCCUGGAUGCCUUUCGACGCUACAGGCAUCUAUUAGCCCAAGUCUCAGUAUCGAGAUCUCUAAUAUUGGGCUGGCUUGGGCUGGCUUAUACCGGAAUGGAGUACUCGUCCAGCAAACAGGACUCCAAGCACACGAAGAAAAUUUUCAGCAGCAGCUUUGUCACGAAGUCGACGAAAUAUUGCCCGACUAUGUGUACUCUGUCAAAGAGAUUGCGGAGUACACGUGGCAAGCUCGGCCAGACGACACCUUUAUUGUUGUGUCGGGAGGUGUUCGAGAGGUGUUGAGCGUGCCCGAGAUCAGAAACGCGUUUUCCAAAAUCAAAAGUCUAGGUUCUGUAGCAGAGCCUUUCUUGGAUGAGGACGACUUUGACUUGAUCAGCAUGGGAAUCGUGAAGGCAGCAAGAAUAGCCUCUGGAGAUCACCCAAAGGAUGAUAUGCUCGCGAUUGUGAUUGGUCUUGAAAAUCCAGAGGAUACUUGA